AUGGCAAACGAAUCAAAAAUAGCGUCAGGGUUCAAUGCUGCUAGAGGCUUCUGGCAAUCACCAAAUAAGUACUUUGGCUCGGCAGAGAACUCAAUGUUGCCGAAUGCAGGCGCUAAUGCGAGAGCUUCCACGGCUCGAGCUGAGCUCAAUGCAAUACUCACUGAGGCAUGCUUUAGUAUGCAACAUCCACCUGCAGCUUUGUCUGUUGGACAGCAUAUACGUGGUGGGAACGGUGGCUGUAUACUGCCAUCAAUGGAUAAUAAUCCCUCAUGCUAUGCAUCAGGCAAAGCACACACAAGUAACAGCGUUUUCCCUGGUGCUGGUGAUGAGAGCUUCUCAUCACUGAGUCGGCCCUCUAGCAAUACUUCCAGCAACCCCAUAGGUCUUUCUUUUACUGCUGACCAACGAAGAAAUGAUCCUGUAUAUAUUGCUGGUUCCGCACUGGGAGGUUCCACGCUUCACGUGGAACGGAAUAGUCGCGGAGCUAGAAGGAAGGAUUAUGAUGCUCCUACUGGAGUAUGGAGGAACCCUUAUGGUUUCGUAAGUACUAUUUAUGUUGAGAAACGUCGUGUCUAUGGUCCCUUGAGGAAGACUGUUGAAGCUGCUUCCCGUGAUAGGGAGGCCUUACUCAACGUUAAAUAUAGUAUUACCUCUGUUGAAGACAUGAAGGCCUUCGUGAGAGACAUGCUUAAACCCAACAUGCACGGUGGCGUUACUUUAUACCCCGGUGGUGUUGACACCAAUUUGCCUCGUAAUAAUGCUUGCCUACGAAGAAACAGAGGGAGAAAGUCUAUGUCCGAGAAAGCUCCUAUUUUGUCACGAAACCAGUGUAUGUCGUCUCAUCAGUCGUAUAACGCCAAUGACGAGCUUAUAAACAUUUAGAUGGAGGUACCG